AUGAACUUAUCAGGAGUGUAUGGAUUAAAAGAAAAACAAAAAGAAGUCCUUGUUAAUGUCCUUGAAAGAAAAGUUAGACAAUUAGAAUCUACAGAAAGUAAAUGGAAAUUAUUAGUUUUUGAUAAAUUUUGUUCUGAGUUAAUUGAAAGUCAUUUUGUUGUUUCAGACCUUAGAAAGAAUGGAGUUACAAUGAUUUUAAAUAUUGAAAAUCAAAGACAAAAAAUAGAUGAUGUUGAAGCGAUUUAUAUUAUUCAACCAACAAAAAAGAACAUUGAAAUUAUUUGUCAAGAUAUUCAAAAUGAACUUUAUGAAUCAUUUAGUUUAUGUUUUAGUAACGAAUUAAGUCAAAAACAAAUGAAAUAUUUAGCAAAAGAAGUAGUUCAAUUAAAAAAGAUAUAUAAAAUUAAAGAUGUUAUUAAUGGAUGUUUUAAUUUCCAAAUACCUGAAUACAAUUUAAUUAAUUUUAGCAUGGAACACUCAUAUUCCCUUUUUAAUAAUCCAACAAUUUCUGAUGAAAUGGGAAUGAAAUUAAUAAAUUAUAUUGUUGAUAGUUUAUUUACUAUUAUUUAUACUAUGAAAGAAAUUCCUAUUAUUCGAACAAGAAAUUCUUCAACUGAACAAGUUAUUGGUGAAAAAUUAGUUAAAAAAAUUAGGAACUUUAUGAAAAAAGAAGAACAUUAUUUCAUCGAAAAAAAAGAACGAACUUUAUUUAUUAUUUCUAAUAGAAAUUAUGAUUUAUCACAAGGAUUAAUGCAUGGAUGGAGUUAUCAAAGUUUAAUAAAAGAAACACAAAAAAUGAAUGGAAUGAAAGUUUAUUUAAAUAAUACUACUGAAUAUAUUGAUAGUGAUGGAGACAUUUGGACACAAUGUAAAGAAGGAAUUAUUUCCGAUGUUGCUGAUACAAUUAUUGAAAAGACAAAACAACUAGAACAAGUUAAAUAUAUGAUACAACAAGAAAAUAAUAGACUGUUUAAUAAUGGAAAUAUACAAAUUAAUGAAGGAUUAUAUACAAUGAGUAAAAAAUUAGAACAUGAAAUUGAUUUACAUACAACAAUUGCACAAGCAGUCUUAAAAAGUAUUCAAGAAAGGUCGAUUGAUUUACUAUUUUCGUAUGAAGAUAAUAUCAUGUCACAUAUUAAAAUUGAAAAGACAGCAUUACUUGAAUUAAUAAAAAAACUUGAUAAUAAAGAUGAUAUUAUUAGAUUGUACUAUGUCUGUUUAUUAAAUAAUUUCCCAGUUGAUGAAAUAAACCAACUAAUGAAUGAAAAACAAAUCGAUUUAAAAGAAUUAAAAUAUAUUGAACAUUUAAAACAAAUGCAAGAAUAUCUUCAUGUUUCAAAAAAAAAUAAUGAAAAUAGUUUUAGUGUUACCAGUAUGGUUGGAACUGUGUUAGGAAAAGUUGCUAAAUUACUUCCUUCAGAUAAAAAAGUUGCGGCAACAAUUGUAGUUGAUACAUUAUCAAAUGCAAAAGGAACAGAUUUAGAAAAAGAAUUUAAUUAUUUUGACCCUAUACAAUCGGAAGAAUCAUUUAUUCCUGAAAAGAGACAUAAACAUACUGAUGUUAUUUUAUUUAUGCUUGGAGGUGGUAAUUAUAUGGAAUAUACUAAUAUUAGUCAAUUUGCAAAAAAAUCAAAUAAAAGAAUUAUUUAUGCUACAACUGAAAUGUUAAAUGGAACUGAACUUUUACAUCAAAUCUCUCGAAUAGCAUAA